UUAGUGGAAUGUUUGAUGACAUGUGCUAUAUCACAUCAGGUUUAUAAAACAAAAUGCUACUCUGUAAAUUGGUUUAAAAAUACUCGAACAUGUUACCUGCAUACUACUGAAACUGAUAUUAAUAAUUUAAAAGUUACUACAGCAUCCGAUUUCUUCCUUAACAAUUGCGCUGGUAUUAAAUAUUUGAAUUUAAUAAUUCUUUUUGCUCAUAUUCUAUUCUUUAUAUUUCAAAAAAAAAAGAAAAAAAAU